AUGGCUGUUGUUCUACGAUAUGUAGACAACAAUGGACAUAUAAUUGAACGUUUUCUUGGCAUUCAACAUGUGCGAGAUACAACUGCUAGUUCACUCAAAGCAGCUAUUGAAGCUUUGUUUUCUAAACAUGGGCUAAGCAUAUCAAGAUUGCGUGGUCAGGGAUAUGAUGGAGCUAGUAACAUGCGAGGUGAAUUCAAUGGCUUGAAAGCACUUAUUCUAAAUAGCAAUCCAAGUGCAUAUUAUGUACAUUGUUUUGCUCACAAACUUCAAUUGACUCUUGUGGCUGUUACAAAGAAGCAUAAUGAAGUUAGAGAUGUCUUCAAUUUUAUUUCUAGCAUUAUAAACAUAGUUGGAGCAUCAUGCAAAAGGAUGAAGGUGAUUAGAGAAAAACAAUAUGCUAGAAUUAUUAAAGGACUUGAAAAUGGAGAAAUUUCUAGUGGACAAGGCUUGAAUCAAGAAAUUUCUCUUAGAAGGUAUGGUGAUACCCAUUGGGGCUCCCACUAUGUUACAAUUAUUCGUCUACUUGCAAUGUUUUCAUCAGUUCUUGAUGUGCUUGAGACUAUAAGGGAGGAUGAGAUGAACUCAGAACAGAGAACAGAAGCAAUCGUUUUAACAAAUAUUUUGGAAUCAUUUAAUUUUGUAUUCAUGCUUCAUUGUUUGAGAAGGAUACUAGCAGUUACUAAUGAGUUCUCACAAGCAUUACAAAGAAAAGAUCAUGACAUAGAAAAUGCAAUGAGUUUAUUGAAAACAUCAAAUGAACGAUUCAAAAUGAUGAGAGAGAAUGAUUGGGAAUCUUUACUGGAAGAAGUGUCAUCUUUUUGCAUCAAACAUGAUAUUAAAAUUCUAAACAUGGAUGAUGAGUACAAGCUUCAUGGGCGUUCAAGUACAAAGUUACUUCUUUGUGUGGCAUAUUUAAACUCAAGUGACUCUUUCUCUGCUUUCAACAAAGAAAAGCUUAUUCGCCUUGCUCUUUUUUAUCCAAGUGAAUUCUCUAUAGUGGACCUUAUGGUACUUGGUGAUCAACUUGAUACGUAUAUUAUUGAUCUACGUGGUGAUGAUGAGUUCUCUGGUAUUGAAGUUGCAACUGCUACAGUGGAGAUAGUUUUUUCUGCUAUGCAUAUUGUCAAGAGUAGAUUGCGGAAUAGGAUGGGAGAUAAGUGGAUGAAUGAUAGUUUGGUUGUAUACAUUGAGAAAGAUAUCUUCGAUAAGAUUGAUAAUGAAGCUAUUAUGAAGCGGUGCUUGUCUCAUGACAUGUACACUAAACAGACCGGAAUGAUGAUUCCAUAUGUAGAGAUCACAUAUGUUUAUGGAAAGGUUUCCGUGAUAGGUGCGUAA